AUGGAUACCGAGAAAUUAAUGAAGGUUGGCCAGGAGUUGGGGUUGUCUGGGGCAGCUUUGAAACAAUGGAUGGAUGAAGAGCGAGUGCGCGAGAGGGACCAGCGUACAGCAGAACGCGAGGCUACUAAAGAAGCAGAAGCCCUUGCUCGGGCUCGCUUAGACGCGGAUGACCAUACUCGUGCGCGCCUAGAAGCAGAACGUGCAGUACUGGAGCUCCAAUUACGUUUACAGGAGCGACGAGAAAGUGCAGUAGAAGGAAUUCCGAACGAGUCUGGUGCGGGUACACCUGCUGGCUUUGUACAGGGGUACCGGAGCCCACACAAGCUUAUCCCCGUUUUCAAUGAGAAACGCGACGAGCUUGACGCCUACAUCCAACGAUUCGAGCGGGUGGCAACGUGCCAAGAGUGGCCACAAGAUAAAUGGGCCUUGUCCCUGAGUCUAUGCUUGACAGGGGAGGCAUUAAGUGUAGUCGGACGCAUGGCUGCUGACGCUGCUACAGACUACACUGUGCUUAAGCAGACUCUUCUCCAACGAUUUCGGUAUACGGAAGAAGGGUACCGCGCCAAGUUCAGAGAGGCAAGACCAGAGGAGGCAGAAACAGGCAGACAGUUUACUGGUCGUCUGUUGGGAUAUUUUGACCAUUGGCAAGAAAUGGCCAAAACGGAGCGUACCUACACUGUAAAAAAAAACCUGUACGACGCACUCCGGGACAAAAUAGUGUCAGAACAGUUUCUCAAGAGAUGUCACGAAAAACUGACCAUCUUUUUAAGGGAAAGAGGCUGCCAAGGACUUGACAAGUUGGCGGAAGCUGCCGAUCAUUAUCUUGAGGCUCAAGGACUAGUCUAUCUUGGCAGAACAAAUAAGGACCAAGAGGCGAAGCUAUUGGGGAAAGCGAAGAUUUCUAAGCCUCCAGAUGCAACGGGGAGACCCGCCUGUUUUCUGUGCAACAAGCAAGGUCAUCGUGCAGCAGACUGUUGGUCCAAGUCAAGAGGAUCCAACCCAAAGUUGACUGUUUGCUGGAAAUGUCGCAAAACCGGGCAUAAAGCAGAGUCUUGCCCUAACAAGACAGACGCGGGUGGACAAGCAUCGUGUUCCCUGGCGCCUCAGAAUGAGCCAGGGAAAGUUGGUUUGGACAUUCAUUCCCUUAAAAGAAAUGUGAAAGCAGAGCAGGAUGAACGAAGAAUCGAUGUUCAAACAGAUGGCAUGCCAACGGCUGAAGGGCUGCUUGAACGACAGCCUGUCAUUGUACUGCGUGAUUCAGGAUGCAACUCGGUCAUCGUAAAGCGAUCUCUGGUUCCUGAUGACAAACUGACAGGAAGGAGUCGAUCGAUCUACCUUCUCGACCGGACAGUUCGAUGCCUACCUGAAGCGGAAGUGGACAUCGACUCUCCUUAUUUCACGGGCACAGUAAGGGCAACCUGCAUGGAAAGACCGCCGUAUGAUGUCGUCUUAGGCAACAUCGAUGGCGUACGGGAUGCUUCUGCUCCUGAUGUCAAGUGGAGAGCAAACCAGAAAUUUCUUCCCCUGCAAGAAAAGCCCCAAGAAAAAGACGAAAUUUUGGGCAACCAACGAAUUUGGACAGGGACGACCUCCUCACCGAGCUCCGGAGAGCAGAAAGGCGAGCUUCAGGCUAGUGUCGUAACGAUGCGGACCUCGGCGGCAACUGUUGGGCUACCAGUUGCAGAAAUAAAUCCACUGGACAUCAACCCGGCGGGGCUAAGCGCCAAGCAAAAGCAAGAUGCUACACUCAAAAGAUGCUUUGAAGCAGUGGGAAGCAAGGUUGCCUCAAGAUCAGCCGCCAUCGACUUUGUGCUGAUGAACGGGAUUCUUUUUCGACGAUACAGACUUCCAUCGCAAAAGGAAAUGGAACAACUCGUUGUCCCAACUGGCCUUCGAACAUUCGUUCUAAAAAUGGCACACGAAGGAAUACUAUCUGGACAUCAAGGAAUCAAAAGAACGACAGAUCGAGUGCUCGAAGAGUUUUACUGGCCAGGGGUACAAGGGGAUGUCACGCGGUUUGUGAAAUCAUGCGACAUCUGCCAAAGAACCGUUCCAAAACACUUGGUAGGCCGCGUGCCUUUGGGAAACAUGCCCGUGAUCGAGACGCCUUUUCAACGGGUAGCAAUUGACAUCGUGGGACCACUGUCACCAACCUCAGAGAAGGGCAACCGUUACGUACUAACCAUGGUGGACUACUCGACCCGCUAUCCUGAUGCAGUUGCCCUACCAAGCAUCGAGACGGAGUAG